AUGGAACCUAGAGCAAAUAUGGCUCCUCAUGUAGGAGAGCCAACCGAGAGGAUCUCUUUGCAUAUAUCUUGUAAAAAUCUGAAGGAUUUGGAUAUAAUUACUGCUUCAGACCCAAUCUGAUACUUUUAUAUUGAAGAUGCAUCAUCUCCAGGCGAAUGGGCCCUUUAUGGAGAGACAGAGCAGAUUGAGAAUAACCUAAAUCCCCAGUUUGUCACUUACUUUGAAAUCAAUUAUUAUUUCGAAAGACUUCAGAGAGUAAAAUUUGAAAUAUUUGAUGUGGAUAGUAGCCGACUUGAAAGAAUUGGCAACUUUGAAACGACUAUCGGCAAAAUAAUGGGAUCUGUGAAAAACUCCUUGACUGGAGAACUUACCAUGCCUGGCAAGACUAAGUCUAGAGGGGUAAUAACCAUCUGUGCUGAGAAGGUCUCUUCUAUAAAUGAUAUUAUAUAUUUCGGGCUUGAUGUAACCAAUCUGAAGUCUAAUAAAGGUUUCCUGUGCGGUAGUGACAGCCCCUUCGUUUACAUUGAAAGACAAAGAAGCGAAGAUCACAAUGAAUUCCUUCGGAUUAUUCAAAUAGAGCCAGUUAUAGGCACUUUAAAUCCAACCUGGCGAAAUUUAAAGUUCGAAGUUAAAGAAAUUUGUAAUGGAGAUCUUAAGUGUAAGUUAAUCUUCAAAGUUUGCUCCUGGAGAAAUAGUGGGCAUCACAAAUUUUAUGGAAGCUUUGAGACAUGACUUGAAGAGAUAUUACAAGGGCGACGGGAAUUCAACAUAUGUGAUACAAAUAAUAACCCGAUAAAUGAUUCAAAGAAGCAAAUGUCAAUGUGCACUAUUGAAGAUUUCAAAAUAGAGGAAAGAGCUUCGUUUUAUGACUUUCUCCAAUCAGAAUGGAAGAUCAAUCUUAGCGUCUGUGUUGACUUUACGAAAUCUAAUGGGAGAAUUACUAAGCCAACAUCUCUACAUUUCCUAGAUCCUUCAGGGAAAAAGAUGAAUGAUUAUCAAAAUGCUAUCAGACAAGUGGGAAAUAUCCUUGAAGCUUAUGACUAUAAUCAGAAGUACCCUUGCUAUGGAUUCGGAGGUAUUCCCAAUGAUUCUGGAUGGAAGAAAGCAUCCCAUUGUUUCAACUUGAAUGGACAAGAUCAGCCUGAAGCAGAUGGGGUAAAUGGAAUUUUGGAGGCUUAUCAAUUUUCUCUGCUUAAUUGUCAGCUCUUCCAACCAACAAAGUUCGGACCAUGACUAAGGAAAACUAUUGAUUAUGUAAAAGAACACAUAGAAGAGAAAAUGUAUCAUGUUCUUCUAAUAUUGACAGAUGGGAAUAUUCAUGACAUGAAGCAAACAAAAAACUAUAUUGUAGAAGCUAGCCACUAUCCAAUAAGCAUCAUUAUUGUAGGACUUGGAGAAAAUAGUUUCGACCUCAUGGUCGAGCUUGAUGGAGAUGAUGUAGUUCUCAAAAAUUCAAGAGGUCGUGCUACCAGAAGAGACAUCGUCCAAUUCGUAAAGUUCAAUGAUUUCAAGGGUCAAAGCUCUCAAGCAUUGGCAGAGGAGGUGCUCGAAGAAGUCCCUGAGCAGGUGGUGUCAUACUUGUAUCAAAACAAGGUGAAUUUAGAGGUUGAUUAA